CGGCGCUGUGUGUUUCACGAAGCAGUUGAAUGACAAUAAAACCGAGGCGAAACCGCAGGAUACGGCGCCGCAAAAUAAUCGCGAUCCAUCCGUAUGGAGGCGGCCAUCAACCCGUCUCUUGACAGCUGUGUGGGACGGUCUGUCAUAAGUGGGAUGGAACAGAGUUCAGGCAAACGGAUCCGUAAGCCGUCGCUGCUCUACGAGGGUUUCGAGAGUCCGUCUCUGCCCCAGGCACCUCCGCCCGGCCCUCCUCUGCUCCUGCAGCCUCCGGUGAAGGACCCCAGCCGUCAGGGACGCGCGACCAAUCAGCUGCAGUUCCUCCACAAGGUCUUGGUAAAGGCGUUGUGGCGGCAUCACUUUGCGUGGCCUUUCCAUGAACCUGUGAAUGCGGCUCGACUCAAUUUACCUGACUACCAUAAGAUUAUUAAACAGGCGAUGGACAUGGGCACUAUCAAAAAACGACUGGAAAAUAACUACUACCGUGGCGCCGGUGAAUGCUUACAAGACUUUAACACCAUGUUUACCAACUGUUACAUCUACAAUAAGCCGACGGAUGACAUCGUUCUGAUGGCACAGUCUCUGGAGAAAGUCUUCUUACAGAAAGUUGCCCAAAUGCCUCAGGAGGAGAUUGAGUUGCCCCCUCCUGCUCCAAGAGGUAGAGGAGCUAAAAGUGUGAAAGGACGUCGAGGCAGAGGAGGAAGUGUUACGAGUGCUCACCAGGUUCCUGCCGUGUCUCAGUCGGUAUACUCUCAUUCAUCUCCCGACACGCCGGAUUCGUGGUUUUCCACCCCCCCGCUGACCCUGUUGAGCAACUCCGAACCCCCUCCAUCACUGUUGACACCACCACCCACUCAACCCACUGCAAAGAAGAAAGGCGUCAAGCGUAAAGCCGACACAACCACGCCCACGACGCUCGGGUUCCCCAUGACAUCCGCCAGCCGGAUGGGAGGCAUGGGAAAAGGUCACGGGUCGGCCGAAGAAAUGCCCCAUUCCCUCUCGUCCGUAGACUGCUCUCCAGGUGUGGGCGUGGUCAGGGGUGUGGCCGAGCCCACCCACCUCCAGCCUGUCUUGGGGAGACCGUUGUCUCGGCGACCCAUCAAACCCCCCUGCAAGGAUCUGCCGGACUCGGUGCGGCCACAUCUGCCCUCCCGGCGGGGCAAACUGAGCAAACAUCUGCGCUACUGCAGCGCCGUCCUGAAAGAGCUGCUGUCGAAGAAACACGCGGCGUACGCGUGGCCGUUCUACAAACCCGUGGACGCGUCAACGCUAGGCCUGCUGGACUACCACGACAUCAUCAAACACCCAAUAGACCUCAGCACCAUCAAGAGGAAGAUGGACGAGCGCGAGUACAGAGAUGCUCAGCAGUUCAGCGCUGAUGUCAGAUUGAUGUUCUCCAACUGCUACAAGUACAACCCGCCAGAUCAUGAUGUCGUUGCCAUGGCGCGCAAACUGCAGGACGUGUUUGAGUUUCGCUUUGCAAAGAUGCCCGACGAGGUUUCGGAGGAGGAGGAAUUGUCUCCCAUGCCACUGGGGCGGAACAUGGGCAUGCUGGGAAUGCACCACUCCUCCUCUUCAUCCUCCUCUUCCUCGUCUUCAUCAUCAUCUACCUCAUCGUCGGAAAGCGAGCCGAGCAGCGAGAGCGAGCCGAGCAGCGAGAGCAGUCCGAGUUCUGACAGCGAGGAGGAGAGAGCUCAACGUCUGGCUCAGCUGCAGGAUCAGGUGUGCACACAGCUUCGAGCGGUUCAUGAGCAGCUGGCGGCUCUGUCCUCCGGCCCCAUCGCCAAACCCAAGAGGAAACGAGAGAAGAAGAAAGACAAGAAGAAGAAAAAGAAGCCAGAGAAACGGCGAGGUGGCCGCGGCCUGACGACCGACGACCGCGAGAAACCCGGCAGGCUGUCUAAAAGCAAAUAUGGCCGAGUCUCGCUGUCGUGUGCGCAGAGCAAAAAGAGCGGCAGGAAGAACACUAAGAAGUCGACCCCAUCGCCUCGUUUCGCUGAGCCCGUCGUUUCUCUUCCCCACUACGAUUCGGAGGAGGAAGAGGACGGGCUGCCCAUGAGCUACGACGACAAGCGCCAGCUCAGCCUGGACAUCAACAAGCUGCCUGGAGAGAAGCUGGGCCGCGUGGUGCACAUCAUCCAGUCACGCGAGCCCUCUCUGCGCGACACGAACCCAGAGGAGAUCGAGAUCGACUUAGAGAUGCUAAAGCCGUCCACUCUGCGCGAGCUGGAGCGAUACGUCAUGACCUGCCUGCGCAAGAAACCUCGCAAACCUUGCGCCGUGAAGAAGGGCGGCGGGAAGAGCCAAGAGGAGCUAGCUCUGGAGAAAAAGAGAGAAUUAGAGAGAAGAUUGCACGAUGUGAGUGGACAGCUCAACUCUGCCAAGAAGCCCCAGAAACCCAAAGUGGAGAAGGCCAGCAGUGUGGAACCUCACAACGCUGCGUCUCGCCUCAGUGCCAGCAGCUCCAGUUCAGACUCUUCCUCAUCCUCCUCUUCCUCCUCUUCAUCAGACAGCAGUGAUUCUGACUCGAGAUGAAGAGAUGGCGCUGACUUCUGGGAUGAAGCCUGCUGAUAGGGGACACUCUGUUCUGUCGUUGAUUUCUGGGUACAGAUGUAUAUAUUGCGUAGGAUUUUUUUUCUUUUAUAAAGAAGACUUUUACCGAAAUGCCCAUAAUGGGAAACUCCAGUGGGAGUGCGUGACCGUAACUACAUUUCUUAGUUGACGGAAAAACCUUGUCGUUUUGUUUGCUUCCAUUACGGCUCUAAACCGCUCAAUAUUCUUCAAGUAUUGCUUUAGAAAUCAGGACCUGUGUCUCAUUCCGAGCAACCAAAACGCGCGGUGUCGUUUCAAAAGGACUUCAGAAUGGCGAUGGGGUUUGAUGAGUAAACUCACGAAGAAAAUGCUUGACUUUAAGGAGUUUCUGCCCUGCGAUGCACCUGUAAGGUUUGGGGAUUUUUUUCAUGCGAUGUAUACCCGGUCGCUCGCUAACUGUCCGUACGGCUUUGCAGUGCCUCAUGUGUGUCACGAGGUUUUGGAGAGAGCGAAUAUGCACAAAGAAACCGCUGUCUGGUUUCCUCCAUCUGCAAGACAUGGGUCUCUUUUAACACUCUUUUAUUUUGUGUGUCAUAUCUGAAACUGUAGUGACAGGACAUUUACAGUGUCUCUUGUUAUUAGAUUAUAAGAAUCUGUCAAAAUAACAGUCGUUUUGGAUUACAACAGAGAGACUGUGUUUGUUUAUGAGCCCUAGAGAAAAGCUGCUAGAUUGAGUUACAUGUUUUUGAAUAAGCUAGUUACAGGGGUCAUAGACUGAAGGUUAACCUGAAGUUAUGAUUUUAGGGGAAGACUAGAGGCUGAUCACAUUAAGCAAUAGAAACCCAUUUCUGAAACAAUCUUUAUUGUAUAUACAUUCCAUUAUACCAAGGUCCUGUUUUUCCUUCUGUAUGUUUCUAGUGUGUAUUUAUUUGCAGUGCAUUGCUGUAAGCCAUUCUUUUUGAAUGUAUAGGAGUUUGUUUUGUGACAUUUCAUAUCUGCAGUAUAAUGGAGAGUAUAUGCACUCAGAAUCAUUCAGUGGCUUUUGUUUGAAUGGAAAUGCAAAUACAACAAGUGAACCGUGUGAAUGUUUUGUUUUUGGUGACUGAAGUGGUAUUUCUAUACAAUAAUUGGCUCCGUCAUUAAAAGACCUGAAAAAUGUCAGACAAAAUCAUGAAGAUUCUCUACAUGCGCCGGUUUCCUCCCACAGCCCAAAGACAUGCAGGUUAGGUUGAUUGAGGAUUCCAAAUCGUCCCCCCAACUUGUGUAAGGAUCGACUUGUGUAUAGAACAGACUUGUGUAUGGAUUGACCAGUUCUCGCCAUGAAUAUAGCCUGCUGGAACGGUGUUAAGAAUGAAUAAAACAAAUUAUUUUUCAAUGUGUAUGUCCAGUUAUCACAAAUAGCAAAAGUUAAGGGAAUAGUAAGGGCUCAUUCUUCUGCACAACACAAAACAAGAUAUUUUGAGAAAUGACUACAAUGGAAGUCAAUGGGAUCCAAUGUUGUUUAAACUUAAUCUUCUUUGGUGUUCUGCGGAAGAAAGAAAGUCAUACAGGUUUGGAAUGACAUGAGGGUACGUAAACGAAGGCAGAAUUUUCAUUGGUCAAAACACGAGGGAGCCCUGUGGGUUGUUUUUGAUCAUAAAUGUAAGAUUAUAGGCAUAAAGAGACAAUGAUAAACCUUUCUUGUCAUAUAUUGGUCAACGCACUGCAUUUAUUUAUUUCGUUCACCCAUUAACAACAGUUUAUUGAUUAAUUAUUGAAACUGGCUUGGGAUGAAUUGCUGUAGUUUGUUCAGGCACGAGGAAGCUCGCACAAAAAUGAAGGAGGGGCCUCUUGGCUCGUCACAGUGAUAAUUGCGAAUUAUUAGUAAAUUACAUAUUUUCCAAUUAAAACAGCGUUUUGUGGUUUGCAUCAGUGGAUACUAUCGCUCCUCGUUUCUAUUGUUAAAAUCUUUAGAUAUUGAAUGUUUAGCCGCUCAUUUGUGCGUUGCACUCGAAACUUAACUUUCUUCUUUGAUUUGAUUGACAGUCAAUUGCGUGAGAGUUGGAAGCCCUGGUUUAGUUAAUGCUUUAAGUUCAUCUUCACAUCACAUUUCACUCUUCAUUUAGGUCUUAGUACUGGAUUCAUUAUACUGUUAUUGCCAGAAUAGACGUUUCAGUGGCAACAACAUAAACAAGCGUUAUUCUGCCCAAACG